UUCCGCGGCUACACUGACCACAAUUAAUAAUAACAAACAACCAAACAGAAAAAAGAGGAGACAGAAAUGACCGAAACAGCUAAAGAUGUACCAGAUGAAGCCGAAGAAUCGCCCGCAGCACAGCCCACAGCCUCAGAGUCGCUGGGUUCAGCCCCCAUAGAAGCGCACAAUGAGGAAGGAGAGAAGCUGCAGAAAACGCCCACUGGCAAAGGGAGUAAGAAAAAUAAAAGCUCCAAGGCGGCGCAGUCGGUGUCCAUUGCCGUGAUGGACCCCGAGAUAAAGAAACUCACUCAGCGCCGCAUCAAUGUGGCUGGAGCCCCCAAAAUGCCACUGAAUGGUUAUGUGCGAUUCAUGAACGACAGACGAGAGGAACUGCGACGCGAGCAGCCGCAGCGGACGGCGCUGGAGCACACGAAGAUUAUUGGCGAAGAAUGGCACCAGCUGCCGGAGGAGCGCAAGGUUCCGUACAUGGAAGCGGCCGCCAAGGACAAGGCUUUGUACCAAGAGCAGAUGCAGCUGUUCUUUAAGGAUCAUCCUGAAAUUGUGGCCAAAGAGUUGGCUAAGGUGAAGAAAGCUAGCAAAGGGGACACUGCCUCGAAGGAGAAGACACCCAAAACGGCAGCCAAUAACGAUGUCAGCGUUGCCAAAGGAAAGAAGCCUAAAGCGAAGGCCACAACAGCAAAGAGGCGUGCAAGCGAGAACUCUCCCGACCCAGAUGAUGUGCCGCUAUCCCAGGUAAAACGAACGCCCACUCCACCACCGCCGACACCACCUCAACAAGCACAAGCACCAGCUCCAACGCCAGCAGCAGUGGCAACCAGCAUUGUCGUUGCACCGCGUGUCCUUCAGCCGGGGGAGAUACCCAUUUACACAAACGAGUUCAUCGAGCACAAUCGCAGCACGGAGAACGAGCUGCGAACGCUGCGCAAGACAAAGACGGAUCUGGAGCAGCAGAACGCCGUGCUGGAGCAGCAUGUCGACAACACCAAGGCUGGCUAUGCCAAGGUGAUGGGCGAGGUGGCCGAACUGAAGGAGGAGAACGUGCGUCUAGAGGCGUAUGUGAAGGGUCUCCGCCAGAAGCUGGUUGCAGCCCUUAGCGGUGUGCCACUGCCUCCGCUGGAGCCGUCCGGUCCGACCGUAAGCAACAUAGACAGGUACAUGCACCACCUGGCCGGCCUCACUGGCCAACCGCACAACACCAUGCUGCUCAAGGCGCGAGAUGCUCUGCGCAAAGUGGAUACUACCACGCUGCUCAAGUCCUAGUAUCCCAUCCUUUUUAGAUGAAACGAUUGUAGAGUGCAGUAUUUUAUAAUUGCAAUAGUCUUAGCAACCAUCCACCACCACAGCCGUACCACCACAUAUGUAUGAAGUAUUAUUGUAAGAUGAAUUUUGUAUGCUUAAUAAACCCGUGUGAAGCUUGUAA